AUGCCACCUCCCAUGUUCCAAGUUGCGGGCCGACUGCUGCGGUUCUCAGCUCGAACAUUUCUAAGUUCUUUACCCUUCGUGAGGCUCGGUAACACAAACGCUUGCCGACUGCUAUCCAUAACCAACGGCCCGAGAGCUCGCAAUUGCAUGGUGCACCCAAUGGAACGACGAGGGAUAAGUCACUCGGCUCCUUACGGCCAUGCGUGCAUGAGCUGCUUCAAAGCCAAGUGCCGAUGCGUCCCGCGCCAAAACGGAGACGGAUGCGAGAGAUUGGGACUUAGAUGCCUCCGUCUUAAGAAACCAUGUACUCCUUCCAACUCAACCCGACGCCGCGUUCAUCCCGAUCAAAAGCCAAACUCGGACGGCCGCCUCACCCCUUUUGAGGAUUUGGUGUCGCUGUUCCACUCGCGCCACAACUACAAGGCCAAUGCGGCAGCCCAACAGCAGCAGUGGGCUCAAUCUGGGUUCCCUUCCGUAGAGGGGAUCUGCAGGCUAGAAGCUCUCUUGGACCCCUUUCUUGAAAUACCUAGCAACACCACAAGCGCCAAUACCCCUGAACCUCUGGACGCCUCGACAGCGGCCUGCCUAGAAACCUUCCGUUUCCAUAUGCUACCCAAUUUUCCCUUCAUCCACUUCCCUGCUGAGACGACGAUUCAACAGUUGCAAUACCAACGACCAUUCCUAUUCCGGGCCAUCACCUGUGUGGCGUCAUCCACCGCGUGUGAAAAGCGAGUACGUGUCGCCGAGUUGAAGCACCUCUUAUCUGAGACGGUCUUUGGUGAAAAAGCAGAGAACAUCAGUCAACGAAAUGCGAUGGGGCAUACAAUGGACCUGUUGCUCGGCCUGUUAGUCUACGUAGCCUGGGGCUGGGACCAUCAGUUCAGUGGGCGCCUGAUGACGGUUGCCAUGUCACUGGUGGAUGAGGACCACAGGCACGAGUCGUGGUUCCAGGAAUGGGACGUCAUGGCCGAAUCAGCGCAGAUUGAAGCAGCUGACGAAGAAGCGGGUGCGUCGCUCUAG